AUGGAUGGACUGUCUGGCAAGGACAAGGAUAAGAUGUCCGGAAAGAAAGAAAAGGAAGUUGGGACUCCCAUAUCAGCCGAGGGAUCUAAUGGAGAGGGAGAGGAAUCUUUUGAAUCUGAUGUUAUGAAGCAUGUAAUUGGGGCAGCAUGUAUGCUAAGCCAUAAGUCUUCUGAUGAAGAUGUGACUGAGUGUAGCGAAGAGAAAAUCUCUACGUUUGAUGUUUAUAUAGUUAAUGAAGAUGGGAAAGUUAACGGAUAUGAACUUAAGCACAUAGGUCCUGCUGGGGGAGUUGAGUGUUCCAACUCUCCUCAAAGCUCUCCUUCAAACGAAAUGAUAAGGUCAAGAUCUUUCCAUUUUGAUCGCAAAAACAAGGGACUUCCACCCCAAGAAUUCUACAGAAGAAAAAAGUCUAGCGAGCAACUUCCUUGGAAGAUCAAUGGGAAUUGUAGCAAUGGAUCCAAGGAAAAGUGUGAACCCAUAAUUCUUGAGAUAUCCGAAAUUUCCGAUGGAUAUAGUGUUGACGGGACGGAUGAACAUCAAGAUAUCAACGCUAGUGUCUGUAGCCAAGAUACGGGCUCGAGCAAAAUUUCGUUGAAGUGUGAAAAUGAAACGUCAAACACCUUUGUUGAUUUGAAUUUUUCUAACAGACAAGAAACUUCAGAGAAGUCAGAUUGCAGGGGUCUCCAAUCGGACAAAGGCUCCCAAGACGAGAUUUUGCUGCCAUUUCCUUCACAAGACAAGGAUUAUACCUCCUCUGGAUCGGCUUCUCCAGAGUCCAGAAAUGGACCAUCAAGAAAUUCUGACCUUGAAAAGAUAGCACUGUCUAUUGUUAAGAUAACAGAGCCUGGGGAAUCUGGGAAGGAGAAAGAACACGAAUCUGAUGCUCCUAAGGCCAUGGGAAACAUCAUAAAAGCUAUUCAAGCACAAGAGUCUGAAGAUAAGCUUGUCAUAAACCAGAAGAUUGGAUUAAAUAGCCCCUGUCCAAUUAACGAAGAGAAAUGUCUUGGGGAAGAUGCAAUGAUGACCUCUGAGGAUCUUUCUAGGGAGUUGAAGACUGCUCUGCUUGCAGCAUUCAUUCCUUCCAUGGAGACGUCUGAAAUGUCGGAAACAUCGGAAAAGUCGUUCGUAGAAACCAGCAUCACUCGAAACAUCGGUGGAAAGCCGGAUUCAACAGAAGAGGUUGAAAAGUUUAGGACCGUUCUUAAUAUUGGCGAUAGUGUUCCUCCUCUUUUGGAUGUAAAAGAUUUGGCCGGGAAAAAAGGUAAGGAUGAUGAAAUGAUAAUCUUUGUUGAAGCCGAAGACAUUGGGAAGAAAAGGAAUGUGGCCACAAGAAAUAAUAGGGUUGGAAGAUUGGUUAAAUUCUUUGAAAGCUUAGAGGAAAGAAAUAAGGAAAGAGAUCCAAAAGAAGAAUGA